AUGUCGACCUCUCCCGUCACCUAUCGCACUCAUCGCCCAGGCGAUAUCGGCUGGAUCACCUACCGUCAUGGCAUCCUCUAUUUCCAAGAGCACGCCUGGGAUGAGCGCUUCGAGGCCUACGUCGCCAAGAUCAUGUCAGACUUCAUCUUGAACUACAACCCCGCCACCGAUAUCUGCUUAAUCGCUGAGCGGGACGACCAAUUCCUCGGCUGCGUACUUGUGUGCAAAGAGUCAGAGAUGAAAGACACCGCCAGACUUCGCGUUCUCCUGGUCGAGCCUACUGCUCGAGGGUUGGGACUCGGCAAGCAGCUGGUACAACGAUCUAUCGAAUUCGCCAGAGAAAGGGGUUAUUGUCGGAUGGUUUUAGCGACGCAAAGCAACCUCGCACGCGCGCGAAGUUUGUACAAAAAGGCUGGUUUUGAGUUUGUGCGUGAGGAGGAGGCGGGGGACUUUGCGGGACCGGACUCGAAGGGUGAAAUUUGGGGACUUCAGAUGUAG